CAAAAUCUGAGGCAACGGAGCAACAAGGCUAUCUGAAUUGACACGGACUGACCCAGUUUACAUUUAGACUUUUGUUUAUGGUACCAUGGUUCUCUCAUCACAGUGUGGGUAUGUCUGAUUGAAUGCUGUCACUUAGACAGAUGACACCAGUUGUUUGUUUUUUUGUUUUUGUUUUUUGGUGUUUUAUUUUGUGCCAGCUGUCAUGUGAUGUUGACAUUUCCUCUAAAGAUGGCCAAACAGCAGGACAGCUCUCAGAUGAAAGCGAUACUCUCAUAUGAUGACAAGGAAAAGGAGGAAAAGGUGAAGCUUGAAAAAGAGCUGAGCAGCAAAGAAAAUUCAAGUCAGACCAGCAGCUCGUCCUCCUCCUCUGGACCAGUGAGGAUUCAGAGGGAGGAGGUCACAUCUUCCUGCUGUCAGCUGGACGAUCUGAAGCGGCUUCCACAUUUCCAUGGCAACCUGGGAAAGCUGCGUUUCUCUACGACACACACUGUCCUCAUAGAUGUGUCUGUUUUCAACUGUGGAGCAGGACUCAUUGCUCAGGAGGGCAGAGACCUGUGGAACAGUAACUUUGUGAAGAUGCCCUGUUCACAAGCAAUGAAUCACAGUGGACCCUCCCAAGCAGCCAGGUGGAAGCUGAUCUCCAAGCAACUGAGCGCUCUGGCCAGCAAAAAAUCAGUGAAGGUUGAUCAUGUUGUGGCAGCCAUCAUCAAAUUUAACCCCAAGUACAAAGAUCGGUGGUCGUUUGACGCCCUCCACACAUUUGUCGAGCAUGUUCCAAAAACAGAAAACUACUUUCACACACUGUUUCCAAAGAUUGCUGCCUUGGCUUUGAAGCUGCCUGACCAAAUAAAGAAGGCUAUCCCGCUGCUGCAGAGAGGACGCCCUGCAUCCAUCACUCUGUCACAGGUUCAGAUAUCCUGCCUGCUCGCCAACGCUUUUUUCUGCACCUUCCCUCACCGCAACACCUCCAGACCGGAUGCUGAGUACCACAACUACCCCAGCAUCAACUUCAGCAGUCUGUUUGGAAACUGGUCAGAGCGGAAGAAAGAGAAGCUGAGGGCCAUCAUGCAUUACUUCAACGUGGUGACUAAUGAGAACACUAACCUAGAAGGACUGGUGACGUUUGAGAGACGCUGCCUCAGAGACUCAGAUGCGCCCAGCUGGAGGAGCUCUUCGGAGAAGCUGCAGAAGCUGUACGUGACGUCAGACGGCAGCAUUGAGACUGAAGGUACAGGUCUGCUUCAGGUGGACUUUGCCUCCAGUCGGAUCGGCGGAGGAGUCCUCGGUUCUGGUCUGCUGCAGGAAGAGAUCCUGUUCCUCAUCAACCCGGAGCUGAUCGUGUCGCGUCUUUUCACUGAGAAGCUGGCGGACGACGAGUGUGUGAUCAUCACAGGCUCCCAGCAGUUUAGCUGCUACUCUGGUUUUGGCGACAGCUUUGAGUGGGCGGGGCCUCAUGAAGACGGCCUUGAAAGAGAUGAGUGGGCUCGGCUAAAGAGGCAGAUUCUCGCCAUCGACGCUCUGCACUUCAAAAACAGCAGGGAGCAGUACAAUAUGAGGAAGAUCACCCGGGAAUUGAACAAGGCAUACUGUGGAUUUAUGGGGGAAAAAGGACAUAAAGAGCCCGACAUCGCUACAGGCAACUGGGGCUGUGGAGCUUUCAACGGAGACCCACAACUUAAAGCUGUGAUCCAGCUGAUGGCAGCAGCAAAGUCCAGCAGAGGUUUGGCCUUCUUCACCUUCAGGAAUGAACAGCUGGAGCGAAGCCUGCAGCAGAUGUACCACCUGCUGGUCACAGAGAGGGUUACAGUUGGGAAACUGUAUGCACUUCUGGAGGACUACUGUGAUGUUCUGCACAAACCUGCUGGUUCACAUGUGGAUCUGUAUGAGUUCAUCAGAAAAAACAUCACAGGUGUCAGGAGUCAGCUGUGAGGAUGUUUGAACCAGAAUGGAAAUCUAGACGGUUUAAGUAACAGGAAAGUAAAACCUGCUCAAUCAUCUGUUUGUCUAAAAGGGUAUUUUUCGUUUUCUUCUUAAUUUAUUUGCUAGUUGAUGGAAUAAAAAUUACUCUGGCUUCAAGGUUUAACAAACAGGAGCUGCUGAAAAUAAGAAUACAAAUUCUAAAUGUGGGCUUUCUGUUAGGGCUGGACAGUGAAUUGAUUUCAAAAAGCGAAAUGGGAACAAAUCAACUAGCAAAUCACAAAGGCUGUUAUUUUGGAUGUAUGUGUGUGUCUGAUCUGACCCCGAGUUUAACUGUUUUACAAAUUCAUUCCUUCCCUUCCUGUUUGACAUUUUUGAUGAUGUGUUGUGCUGUAAUGCUCAGUCAUGUGUUUUUUGUAAAAAAGUAUUUUCUUUCCAUAGACGUUCAAUUUAUCAUCAUAGAAGAGGAAAGAAAGUAGAUUUACAUUUAGAAACUGCAUCGGAGAAUUUAGAUUUAGUUGUUUUGUUGUUGUUUUUUUGUUUAAAUUUACUCAACCGAAUUUAUCAGCUAAUCAAAUUACUGAUUAAACUGUUACUGCAGUUUAGGACAGAUGUGUCAAAUCCAGGGUUUAGACUGUAGCAUCAGUGGUUUUACAAACACGUCAUCCUUCUUGUGUGGCAGUUUUGAUGGUAUCUCACAUGAUAAUGGUUUCAAAUCUGCCACACAAUGAAUAUUAAACGAAAGCCAUCUUUUUAAAAAAAACGUAAAAUCACAAAUCAAACUUCUUUAGAGUUAAGAUGUCUUCUUCAACUCAGUCAGCCUGACUUCAUGGUGUAGGAGUAAAACUCACAAAGCAUGUUAGUGCUAAAAGGAGUUCUGCAGGCUGACGCAAGGAUUCACAACAGUUCAAACGGUUCACCUUAAACUAAUAAAGGAAGUCAGAGGACAGCAGCUGGCAGGCAAAAAGACAUCCGGUUAAUGGCUGGAAAGGUCUAAGCCCACAUUUGGCAAGAUUAAAGACAGGGAAGACGUACAGAUGGUGUGGCAGAGUUCAGUGGAAGCUCAGUGAAACUCAGGAGCUUCUGAGGGAAGAGUCAGUUUACUGAAUUACCUGCAUUCUGGUGAAACUUUAUGCACCAAUUUGUUACUUUUUAGGAUCAAUUUACAAUGAAAAUGUCUAUAUUUACAAUUCAAAAUCUAAAUUAAUAUACACUGAUCUAAUUCCACAAUGGAUUCAGUGGUUGUUUGAGCUCAGAAUUCUUAUUUUGAAAGACUCUGCUGGAAAAAGACUCUAUAAUGUAAAAGUUUCAUUGGUGGUGACAAGUACAAGAAUUAGGGCAGAUGAAUCCCCACUGAAGUCUGCACAUUUUCUGAUCAGUUUAUCCAUAAAGUUCUGCUGUGUGGCACAAUUUGUCAGUGAAUGUCACAUGAUGGAUGAAAUGGUAGAUCACAUGAAGCUGCACAUGCAGUGGACUUUGGCUAUAAUUAAAAUUGUGUUUAUUUAAAAACACCUUUGAAAAUCCCCUGAGCUGACCUUGAGCGCUGUACAGGUUAUAAGACAUACAACAACAUUUGUACAAAAAGCAAAAAUGAAAAUUGUAUUACAAACUAAUUAAACAUUGAAAUAUAUUAAUACAGUGAUAGUUUUCGGUUGGCUCAACAAAUCAUCAUCUAUUAAUUGUGUUUUUUCUACACUAAAAUCGUCUCUGUCUGUUCAUUUAUUGCACUUAAUCAUUAUUUAAUGACACAUUUAGUGUGUUUUGAUGAAUUUGUUCCAUUUUUGUGUCCAAGUUGUGCAAACCAGAAUGUCACCCUUCAUCACAAUGUAUUUGUAAAAGUUCAAAAUUAUUGUGCAUUUACAAACCUGCUUGAGAGACAAAUCCCAGCACAAAACUGUCUGUUCUUGUCUAGAUUUUUGUGACUACAGAGAUUUUAGAACUAAAACUACUUUUGUGAAUUCAUUUUCUGUCUGUUUCAAAUGAAAAGAGAUGCAUACAUAGUGCUGACUUACAAUGAUGGACCUCUGCUUAAUAAUGUGUUUUCAGACAAGGUACUUCAUACAUGCAAGACUGUUGAUGUUUUUCUCGAAUCUUGAGCUGGAAAGAAAUACUUCCAACAGCACAGUUCAAUAGUUUUUAUUUGUUGACAACAAUAAAACAUGUAACACUGUAUGAAAAUAAAUACAUCCUUCAAAUGCGA